AUGUUAUCACGUUCCAAUGUUCUGAGCUACGAAAAGGGUGUGGCCGGAACCCAGAAUCCAGGAUCCCUGGAGGCGAAACUCAUACCUUAUGGCAAAAACUAUAUAUUGCCUACAAAUAAGGGUCUAAAGGCUAUAGAUUGGCAUUUGUGUACCAUAACGUGUGGAACGUAUUUAUCGCAAGGUUUACUCAUUAACAUCCUAUUCCUGAUAAUAGCAAACAUCUCACAGAUGCUACAAAACCAAUUAGAAAUUGACACUUCAAAUCUUCUGCACGGAAAAUUCUCUGGAAUAUUGACAGUGUCAAUUGGAAGUUUUCUAUCUUAUAGAAUCUCUGAGUUAAUUUUCCAAUAUGUUAUGAAACGCUACAACAAUGAUUCUUCAUUAAAAAGAUUAUAUGAAGUCAUUGUCCCUAAUAAGGCUUGUUUAUAUUGUGUACAAUUACCUGUCAAUAUUGUAAACCGUUUAACAUCUUUCCUCCAAAGUGAAAACAAGCUAAAACAAGAAGCUGUAGAGAACAUAGUUGACUCGGAAAAUACAAGGGUAAAGUCAGAAAAACUACAAUCUACCAAAAGACAACUCUUAAAGAGAGAAAUUGCCGUAAUAUCUGCAUACAGUUUGGCAACAUUUCUACUCCUGGGCGGAAAUGAAAUAACUCACCCUGGCGCAUAUGCUAUGCCAAAAUUAUCUCUGGAGGCAAACGGAUACAAAUAUGCAACAAAGGCCCAGAAGAGAACCAUCCAGAAAGUCGGGAAAACGUAUGGUUGUCAUACAUGCGGAUACAUUUCACAGAUUGAGCGUUAUAUUGCUGAUCAUCAACCGCCGUCUGGAGUGGUAAAACAACGUCUCAAAGGGAAAUACAUUUCAUUCCUGUUGAAGCACAAUCUUGUGCCUCUAAGUUUGGUGAAACCUAAGCAGCACUUCUAUCCUCAAUGUAUAAAAUGCUCUCAAAUUCAAUCACGCAUUGUUCGGAAGAGACAGUUUGUUACACAUUCACUGAUACCUCGUACCCAGGCACAAGAGAAUAACACACUAUUGGACUCUAAGAGCAUACCAACUAUGUCCUACUACAUUUUUCGCUACCAGGUUUGUAUAUCUAAGCACACACAUUUUUCUUCAUAG